GAGGACCCCUGCUCUACUGUAUAUAUAUUACAUGUAAUAUUACUAAUAAUAUUAUAGUAUAGUGUUAUAGAACUUGUUUGUCCAGCAGGUGGCGCUGUUUGUGAACCAAAGCAUGGUUUUACCUGUCUCAGGUGUGUUAGGUGUGUAAUAGUGGGUAUGUGAAUACCUUAAAACACUCUCCAGUUUGAAUAGUACGUUGUGUCCAAAUUUCGUAGUUUGGAAGAUAUGAGGUCCCUCACAAACGGACAUUACAUCUAUAUAUAUAAAAGAGUGAUGGCAUCAGGGCAGCGGACAAAACUACAAGCCCCCCAACCUCGAAAACUGACAGCACAACCCCUCAUCCAUGCCUCUAGGUUGAUACAACAAAAAGAAAAGAAAAAUAAAGUCCUAAUUAGAGGGAGAGGAAUAAUUGUUUUUAUCCAAUUGCUGCCAGUUAGAAGGCUAAGCUCCGCUCACUUGGUCUCCUAGCAACCUACCCAGCCCAGGGGACAGGCACAGUUAGGCCUCACUUAGGCCUCUUCCACAGAUUAUCAGAUUUUAACUAGAUUAUAUGGCAGUGUAGACUCAAGGCCCUUCCACACAGCUAUAUAACCCAUUUAGAAUCUUAUAUUGUCUGCUUUGAACUGGAUUAUCUUGACUCCACACUGCCAUAUAAUCCACUUCAGUGUGCAUACUAAACAUAAAGACAGCCUUACAACAGACAUUCAAUACCACCACUACCUCAACAAUUUCUCACCAACACCACCAGACAAUACCACAGCAACGCGUGGCCGGGCACAGCUAGUUUUUAUUUAUAUAGAUAGAAGAUAUAUAUAUAUGUGUAUGUAUAAACACUGAAAAAAAUUGGCACAGAUACAAACACUCUGUUAAUAAUUUGUGUUUAAUAAUUUGUGAUAUUUAAACAUUUAUUUAAACAUUGCAGCUUCCGGAAAGACCAGAUCCCCGCAUGGCUUUGAUAGAAUCCCUCAGAAGGGCUGAAAAGAUUCCUCCAAAUGCGUACAAAACAUAUAUCGAAGAAUGCCGAGUUGCAAAAGAGAAGCUCUUACAAGAUGGAUCGGUCGAAAUGGAGACGAGCGAUUUGAAAGAGCCUUUGGAACUGCUCACAGCUGAGCUUGAGAUACUCCGAGAGUUGAUUGCGGAUCAAGAAAAGCAGGAGGAGCUUCCGGUUCAGAUGGCUCGUGUCUCGGAGGCACUGGCGGGUGUCCUGGGACCCACCAACGACCAGGAGGAAGCAGAUUCUGUGGACGUUAGGAUCUGCUUGGAUCUUUCUGUUCCUGAAGUCCCACAACAGCAUCAAGAGGCUGUGGAUCUUCUGCUGACGGCGUUUUGCAAGAAUGUCAUGUCUGCGUCGUACUUCCUGCCACCAGAGAGGCAGGGCUCCUGGGCCUCUCUCUUUGCCAAAAUGCUUUGCAGACACCGCCGGGCCCUGCCCUCCUUGCUGAGCCGCCUUUGCCAACUUAUUCACCAUCAGGGCUCUUCUCUCAGGGACGCUCACAUCAUGGGCUUGGCUGUCUUUGCGAUCCACUUGAACGAAGCCAAAGCGUCCAUCCCAGCCAUCGACCUCUGCUCUUCGCUGGACCCUUCCUGUGCUUCCACGAGAGGCCUUUCUGUAUCCGAACUCUGGGAUUACUUUUUGGAUUGCCAGGCAGGACAGUCUGCCACCUUCUGCAUGAAGUUUUGUGUUGUGGCACUUUCUUACUUUCUCUGCAAGUUUGGCUCCCUUCCCCAUGACUCCUUAUGCUCCGUGCUUCAUCCUGGUUUUGUGAAAAAGCUUCAGUACGUCGUGCCCCUUCUUUGCUCGGAAGCCCGAAAUACAAGCUGGGAAGGCAGCAUGGAUGAUGACCUUCCAUGGAAAACAUUAUCCCGCCCCAGCUUCUGCUACUCAAAAGCUGCCUUGUGCUUAUGGAAGCAUCCCCUUUUCAAAGAACUAUUGUGGGAAAAAGCCUUCCAGCGGGAAGAUCGAAGAAGCAGCGACAUGGGCGUCGAAAUGGACAGCGACUGCAGGAAAAAGCCCUGCGUGUCUUGAGUUGCCAUCAGAACCUGGACGAACUCCUCCGUGAAGUGGGAAGUUCUGUAUGUAAAGAAGUAUUAUUAAUUCCUGAUAAUUCAGGCCGAGAAUCCUCAGAACUGCUUCUGG